GUUUACAUUAAAAUAACCAAAAUGUCAUACUGUACAUCGCCGCUUUUUCCCAACUAUUGACUAAACCAAUUUUUAUAGAUAGAACACAAUUCACUUUUUCUGUGUGAAGUAAUGUGUAUCGAGUUCAUAGUCCUGUUCACUCCUUGUAGCUAGCAAAAUGUUUUACUGUGAUAAUAUAUAUUACGAAUAUUUGCCUUGUUUUGUUGGUAUACCAGUUUGACGGGAAUUUGCGCUAUUUUUUUUUUUUUACUUGCGUGUUUGAACAUAUCGUUGUCCCGAACCGCUGGUGUCUGAUGCAAACUUUACUUUUCAGCUUCCUUCCGACGCAAUCGGACUUAUUCUGAAAGGUUUCCCAAACAGAGGAUAUUCGAUCUCAUCUUACAUUUUUAACGUUGCAAUUUCCUCGGAAUUUUACUUUGUUUUUAAAAGAGGAGGAUCGAAUAUUUUUUUAGUUUGAGGAUUGAGUUGGGCCCAUCCUUUCGUUGUUUGCUGGUUAAUCAAGGAUAACUAGACCCUGGGCCGAGUGUGAGCGCGACUCCUUGCCCGUUUUGCCAGUGAGAGAAUGCGAGAAAAAUGUUGCCCGUAAAAGGGAGAGAUGCCCGCGUCUGGCAGCAGACGAAGAGCCUGCUGCACAAGAACGUGCUGAUCAAGUGGCGCACCAAGCAACAGAGCCUGCAGGAGCUGAUCCUGCCGCUGCUGCUCCUGGGUUUGUUGAUUCUGAUCAGCACGCUAAACCCUCACAUCACGUAUGAGGGCAUUGGCACUACGGAGCUGAAGCACGAUGCCUACCUGCAGGAGAAGACUGUGGGGUACACGCCCAUCACCAACUACACCAUUCAGAUCAUGGAGGAGGUAGAAAGCAACCUCCGCAUGGGUAUGGAGAUGUUUGACACUGAGGCUGCUCUGGAGAAUGCCAGCCGGUAUGAUCCCUACAACUACGUGGGCGUGGUCUUUGUGGAUGAAAUGUCCUAUCAGCUGCGCUUCCCCUAUAACCAGCUGCCUAUGCCCAGUGACUACACAGACUCCAUUGCCAGCUGUUUCCCCAGCCUCACGUCAUGCAGGGCCGCUAACUACUGGUACUCGGGGUUUGUUGAUCUCCAGACUUUCAUCAACACAGCCAUCAUACGGGCUAAGACUCAGCACUCGGUACAGGAGGAGAUGAGCAGCCUCCGAGUUGUGAUGAUGGGCCAGCCCGGGUCUGUUGAGGUGCAGAAGUUUCCUCAUGCCCUCAUCUCCAUUUACCUGGUGCUGGCCUUCACGCCCUUCGUCUCCUUCCUCAUCGUCAACAUGGCCGCGGAGAAGGAGCACCGGCUGAAAGACACCAUGGCCAUGAUGGGGCUCCGAGACAGUGCUUUCUGGUUGUCUUGGGGGUUACUGUAUGCAGGUCUGGUCACCACCAUGUCCAUCCUGAUGGCUGUGAUUGCCACUUGCACCUCUCUCUUCCCCAAAAGCAGCUUCUUUGUCAUCUUUCUGCUCAUCUUCCUCUAUGGAAUCUCUUCUAUAUUCUUCUCCUUCAUGCUGACUCCUUUAUUUAAGAAACCGAAGUUUGCCAGCACUGUGGGAUCCAUGCUCACUGUGAUGUUUGGAUGUUUGUCCCUCUUCACUGUGCUGAUGAAAGACUUUCCACAGCCUCUGGUCUGGAUGCUGUGCCUAUUGUCUCCUAGUGCCUUCUCCAUUGGCAUUGCUCAGGUGGUAUAUCUGGAAGCUGUUGGUGAUGGCGCAGUGUUCUCUACCCUGACCAGCGGGCCCCACCCACUCUUUGUACCUGUGCUCAUGCUGGUCCUGGACAGCUUCAUCUAUCUGCUGUUGGCUCUAUACCUGGACCAGGUCCUGCCAGGCGAGUUUGGGCAGCGGCGGUCCUUUUUGUACUUUCUGAGGCCUUCCUAUUGGUCAAGACGCGGCAAGCGAUACGAAGAAGUGAGCUCUUUGUACGAGAGCGAGGUUAACGGUGGCCCUACUUCUCUGGAGUCGGUGGAGCCUGUCUCUCCAGAGUUCAGGGGGAAAGAGGCCAUCAGAAUAAACAAUAUCCGGAAGGUUUACAAGGAAAAGGACAGCAACGUGGAGGCACUGAGAGGUCUGACUUUUGACAUCUAUGAGGGCCAAAUCACGGCUCUCCUGGGGCACAGUGGAGCAGGGAAAUCCACGCUGAUGAAUAUUCUUUGUGGGAUCUGUCCUCCCACUGAAGGAUCGGCCACGAUCUAUGGCUCGCCGGUGUCGGAGAUCACGCAGGAGCUGGAGAUGCGGCAGCUGGUGGGCAUCUGCCCACAGUUCAACAUCAUGUUCGAUGUGCUGACCGUGGAGGAGCACCUGCACAUCUUCGCUGCCAUCAAGGGCAUCCCGCCAGCUCAGAUCGACCAGGAGGUGGCCAAGGUGCUGAAGGACCUGGACCUGGAGAAGAUCAUGGACGCCCAGGCUAAGAACCUAAGUGGUGGUCAGAAGAGGAAGAUGUGUGUGGGCAUCGCUGUCUUGGGGGACCCAAAGAUUCUGCUGCUGGACGAGCCCACAGCUGGAAUGGACCCCUGCUCUCGGCACCAGGUCUGGUCUCUGUUGAAGAGCCGGCAGGCAGGGCGGGUCACUGUGCUAAGCACACACUACAUGGAUGAGGCCGACAUCUUAGCAGACCGCAAAGCUGUGAUUUCGCACGGGCAUCUGAAGUGUGUGGGGUCCUCUCUGUACCUCAAAACCAAAUGUGGGGUCGGCUAUCACCUCAGGAUGUCAGUGAACGAGUCAUGUGAAGCCGAUCAAGUCACCCUAUUGGUCAAGCAACAUGUUCCCAAAGCACAGUUGUCACGGCAACAGGAGGCAGAGCUGACCUACACCCUCCCCUUUGAGAACAUGAACACAUUCUCAGGCCUGUUCUCCGAGCUGGACAGCCACCCCACUUUGGGAAUAAUUAACUACGGGGUUUCCAUGACGACCCUGGAGGAUGUUUUCCUGAAACUGGAGGCUGAGGCAGAGGUGGAUCAAGCAGAUUACAGCGUGUUUAGCCAGGAGCAGGUGGAGGAGGAAGGGGACGCGUCCUCCCUGGACGACGCAGACCAGAGGCUCCUCACCUUCUCCGACGGCCGGCCCGAGGAGCUGUCCGGCCACACGCUGUGGAAGCAGCAGUUCUGCACCAUCGUCCGGCUGCACGUCCUCAAUCUGCAGAGGGAGAAAAAACCCAUCAUUUACAUCCUUGCUCUUUUUGGGAUCUUUCUGGCCUCAGUGCUGACCCUGUCCCUGAUCACUGGGAAUAUCCAGAUCAACGCUGUGCCUCGCCUGCUCUCUCCAGAUGUCUAUCUGCUGCGGCCGAACCAAGCCCCCCGGAAGUACACCACCAGCCUGCUGGUCCAGAACACCACUGACUCCGAUAUAGGAGGUUUUGUCCACAACUUAGAAGCUCAGGACAUUAAAGUGGAGUUGAUGAAAGACGGGAACUUAACAGCUGCUGCUCCGCACAGUGCUGGAAUCAAUGUAACUGGCUCCCGCAAGGGCUAUGAGUACACUGCAGUGUUUAACAGCACAAAUGUUCACUCCUUGCCCAUCGUGGUCAACAUCCUGAGCAAUGCUCUUCUGCGGGCUUUUGAUAACACCAGUAAAAUUUGUACCUGGACAAAACCCUUUGACUUUAAAAUGCCAGAGACGCUAUCUUAUGCUCUUAUUUACAUUGAGGCUGUUUUGCUGGGAAUGCUGGGAGCAGGAAUGCCAGCUUACUUUGCUAUGGAUAACACAAGGGAUCGUGAGAUUAAGUGCCGCUCCAAGCUGCGUGUCUCUGGCCUGUUGCCUUCUGCAUACUGGUGUGGCCAGGCGGUCAUUGAUAUUCCCUUUUACUACCUCAUCCUUACCAGCAUGACCAGCACACUGUUCGCCUUCCACUCCACAGACCUGCUGCAGUCCAAAGCUGUCGCCCCAGUGGUUUUAUGUCUAAUUGGCUAUGGUCCAUCCAUGAUCCUCUUCACCUACAUGGUUUCUUUCCUGUUCACUCGAGUUCAGAGCAAUCGGGAUUUCUUUUCUGUUGUGUCAAUGAUGGUGUGUGUGGUGUCUGCCUCCCUAGUGCAGCUGGCCUAUGUGAAUGAGAACCAGACCUUGGCCACAGUGCUGCAUAACACGUUCUGCAUCUUUAACCCCCUCUACCCCUUGAUGGGCUGUCUCAACUGCAUUACCAAGGAAACCUUCCUGGAAGUAACCACCAAUGAAGACGUAUCUGCUCUGAAGAAGAACCUUCUCAUAGCUGUUGUGGUGCCCUACCUGCAUGUCAUCCUCCUGCUGCUCCUGCUGCGCUGGCUGGAGAUCCACUGCGGGGGCAGCACCAUGAAGAAUGACCCACUCUGCAGGAUCAGCGCAGCAAAGGUUAAAGUGCACACAAACCCAGAGGUGCUGGAGAAUGAAGACGAGGAUGUCCAGGCUGAGAGAGCGAGAGUCAAAGAGGCCCUAACGUGUCAGAGCUGUGACGAGCCGGUGAUGGUGGUGAGCGACCUGAGAAAAGAAUACAAAGGCCGGAGGGAAGGCUUUUAUUUCAACUCCAAGAAGAAGAAAGUGGCAAACAAAAACAUCUCUUUCUGUGUUCGCAAAGGGGAGGUCCUGGGCCUGCUGGGGCCUAAUGGGGCAGGGAAAAGCACCACCAUGUACAUGCUGGCUGGAGACACUGACCCAACAGCAGGACAGGUGGAAAGCUCCCUGGAGCGCAUUGGGUACUGCCCUCAGGUCAGUCCUCUCUGGCCCAAGAUUACUCUGCAGGAGCACCUGGAGAUCUACGCUGCCAUCAAGGGCCUUCACUGCCACGAGAUCCCGGGCAUCAUCAAACGUGUUGUGAAUGCACUAGAGCUGAAGGAACAUCUUCACAAGCAGGCCAAGAAUCUCUCCGCCGGAAUAAAACGGAAGCUGUGCUUUGCCCUGUGUAUGCUUGGAAACCCCCAGAUUGUGCUUCUGGAUGAACCCUCUAUAGGCAUGGACCCCAAAUCCAAACAGCGGAUGUGGAGAGCUAUCCGCACAGCUUUCAAGAACCGCCAGCGGGGGGCGAUACUGACCACUCACUAUAUGGAAGAAGCUGAGGCAGUGUGUGACCGGGUGGCUAUCAUGGUGUCAGGACAGCUGCGGUGUAUUGGGUCAAUCCAGCACCUGAAGGGGAAGUAUGGCCGGGGGUACAGUCUGGAGGUGAAGCUCCGAGAAGAGAUGACUGGCCUGCAGCAGGUGGCUCUACUGCACAAGGCGAUCCUGAGGAUCUUCCCUCAUGCUGCGCGCCAGGAGAGCUUUGCCACUCUGAUGGUUUACAAGAUCCCCAUGGAAGAUGUAAAAUCACUUGCAAAAUCUUUUUUACAGUUAGAGACAGCAAAGCAGACUUUCAAAUUUGAGGAGUACAACUUUUCUCAAUCUACCCUUGAGCAGGUCUUCAUGGAACUUGCAAAAGAACAGGAGAAUGAGGAGCAGGAAGUGGGUUCCUUAAGCACACAUUUCCAAUGGCAGAGACUUCAGCAGGACACGCCCAUAUCUGCAAACCAUGCAGAGAGCGUUGUGCAUCAGCUGUGACCCCUCAGCUGCAGUACUGAGCUUCUUCUGUCCCUUACGCUGGAUCCUGGCUCUGCUGUACUUCAGCCUGUGAUGACUUCUUACAGAUCUUAGAUCUCCAGUGCUUUGGAAUUUUUCAGUCACUUGCAUCGCCUGGUGCUUUUAAUCUGUACUGAAUAGCCAAGAUUAUCUCAGAUCCUGUUUCACCUGGUUCUCUUAUGUUAUUGAAGAGAUUUUUUUUUGAAUGAUGCAGGCAACUAGUGUUCCUAUUUUUUUACCCUGAUCUGGAAUCAUUAAUGGAACCCACCCAACUUUAUUAGAGUUUGGUCAUCUGUUGUUCAUUAGGUUUCUCGCAAAUGAAAACUCACUGGAGCUCUGCAUAACAACUACAAUGGCACUUGUAACACAAAAUGACUUUCAAAAGAAGAUCUUUUAAUCUUAGAUUAUUAAAUGUCCUAUGGUAAACAGAUCAUAUAUAUUCAGUUCCCAUGCUAAAAAAUCACUUGAACAUGCCUCUUACAAAAAGGCUUCUCACUCUCAGAAAAGGUGCUUAUCUUGGUCUGUCAGUCAUUCCCUAAGGAACUGGUUCUACAGUUAUGAAGAUUAAACAAGAAAGAAGUUCCCAAGCAAACAUGAGAAGAAAAAUACACAAGUAAAAGCAACACAAGUGUCAUCCUGUUUUGCUUCUGGGACAAGCAGAUUGAGUUUUAAUUGGAUUGUCGUGCAGCAGUAUAUAACAGCAAGUGACGCAUGCAAGUAGCAAACUGGUAAUCUUGGACAGGACCUUUUCUGCUUCAUUCAUGCCUUGUAGUAUGAGGGCAAGGCUACUACAGAAAUUAACAAGCAUGCUUAAGAAGGCUCUUAUUGUUAUUCCAAGCAAUUCUUCACUCACCAGAAUAGGAGGACAGGCAUUCUCUUGAAAAAGCAUGCAUUUAAGGGGCCACAGCCUGUACUGCUGUAGUGUUUCAGGUCUUUGUAAGAGAUCAAGAAACAAAAACGCCACUGUUAUGAAAUAACAGUAAGAAAUGGCAAGGACACUUGAUACCCGCAACUUUUUAAUCAGCAGUUGAAACACUACGGAAAUACAGUAUCUGAGAAAUUAAUCUGAUUUGGAAAUUCAAGAGCAUCUUAAAAACAAAGCUGUUUUUAACAGCUGGGUUUUGAGUGAAUGUUUUGUCCGCAAACACUGGCUUUCUUUCAGGUCUGUUGCUUGUGGCUCUUGAUACUGUGCGCUGAACUCUGAGUCAUGGAACAUUGUUGUGAAAUUCUUGUGAUUUUACCCUUCUGUACCCUAGAUGUAUAUGCUGCAAAGGGUAUAGCCGCUGUAUUAAUAUAUAAAUGUAUACGUUUGUACAUGUGUAUAUGAAAGUGAUGUAUAUUGCAGAAAGAGGCGACCCAUCAUAGCAGUGGAAAGUAGACAGGAGCAUUAGGAAGUACAAGCACUGAUCGGUCUUGUUAAAGUGCUCUUUCUUAUGUGUGUGUGCUGCAGUUUUAUUUUGAGUGUGUUCCAAUUAAGAUGAUUGAAUGGUGAUUGAAUGGAACAGUCACCCUUAGAUCAGACCUCCAGCAAAUAUAUUGUGUUACUUAUAACAUGCAUGCAAAUCAUAUCACCUCCCACAGUGUGAUGAUGCUAAAGCACGUAAUCUUUGAUGCCAGAGUACCAUCAUGUUUCUUCAUAGCUGCAAUUAAAUGAACACACAUUAAUUAUACUGUAUUUGUUGGUCCUUAAAUCAAUAUUCAGAUCACUUGUUGGAUGUCAUUACAAAAGUCCCAUACCCGCUAGAGUUUUAAUUGCUGAAAUUUAAAUGUUUUUCCACAAUUUACUUGAGACAAACUGCAUUUGCAAUGCCUGUGAGUGAUAAAAAAGAACAUGAAGAUGGGUCUUACAUGUACCUUUAGAUUUUACUUAUUUUUCCCAUCCAGUGUUAGGUUUUGAAAUAUUGAUGUAUUGAUAAUUAGGGUUGGUAUCUGGCUGGGAAAAGUCCUUAUUUUAGUGGGUGGAUCAGAUUGUGCUUGUACUGUACAUUGGUGGUGGUUGUAUCAAAAGUUGUGAAAUAGGUUGUUUAUUGAAAAGCCAUCCUGACAUGCCCUGUGAAAUCAGACAAGAAUUAAUUCUCUUGCUUCUGUCAUGGGAAUUCUUUUUAUUCCUGAGGUCUCUUCUCGCAAGCUUUUGCUAGUCCUGUGCAUUCUAAUGGAAACCGGUCAUACUAUAUGUCUAAGACAUACUGUUGAUACACUAUUUUUACAUUUUUUCAUGCCAUUUAUUUAAAUUUUGUAGAUUAUCAAAGUCUUGUAUUUCUUAAGGUUAAAAUCUAAUUGCACUGAUCACACUUGACCAAUGAAAAUAAAAUGUCCAUUUAUAUAAAACAUGUAGCAUAAGACAUAAGAGCUGCAUAACAUUUAUUGGCAUUGGAUUCUUGGUUGGCACUAAAUAGAACUAAGAAUAUUGCUUUGGUAAAGACUUUCAAUUUCUUUUUGCCUGUGAUUUAUUUUGUAGUAUUUUUUCUAUUGAGUGACUAUAUUACAAUUUAUUAUCCAUCAAGAUCACCCUGCAUUUUUUGGACCAAUGAGCUAAAAUCUCUAAACUUUCAUCCAGCUAUAGGAUGUUGACUUUGGAUUUUAAUAUAAAUAGGUGCAAGAAGAUUUAUAUGAUUAAAAAAACUCCAGCAUUUUAUACAUUUGCUGUUUUUCCCCACAAUACCAAUCUCUUCAUAUAAUCUUACUUUUAAUAGAGUUUUUAGAUUUAGAAUUUUAAGGCAAAUAAACACAGAUACUUUUUCUACUUUCUCUUCAUAACAGAUGCAUCAUGGGAUUUCUACAUCACAGUUCAUACAGUAACUCAUCUCUUAUUCAAUAUAUUUCUCUGGUUACUUUGAAAGUGCUGACAUGUUCAUUUCUGAAAGUUUUUUUUUCUCAGUUGAACUGAACUGCCUCCACUGGAUGCAUAUUUAAUUAAGAGUUUUAAAAACUCUUCAUUAAACUCCAUUUGAUUUUAUUUGAGCAACUACUGUAAAAUGUGUAGAUAGCCGAGAGUUUCUCUCACAUAUUAUCUUCCCAUUCUGUCAAGCCUGCCUGUAUUUGAAAGCCUUUAUUCUGUUUCUUUUAAUCCCAAAAAUAGACUAGGCUGCAUAUGAAAACCUGAAAUGACCUCCUUUUGACUGCCAUACAGUUUUUCAUCAACAAGAACCAGAUUUCCCAAAAGCAAAGAUGAAAAGCCUUCAUAUUUAUAACACUUUCAGUGUUAGAGGGAUGUGUCAUCUGCUGGACUUUGGGUGUCAGUGUUGGAAUCUUGGGUACUCUGAAUUUUAAGAUUUUAGCUUUCUACCCUCCCGAAGUCUCUCUUUGGAGCCGAGCUUAUUACGUUCAUUGCAGAAAAGGUGUUGAAUGCAGAUUGUGUUCGGUCUGAAACCUGCAAACUGGUUGCUUUAUGAUAUCGAAGAUCAAAGAUCUUACUGUACAUGAUAUAUGUGAGUAUUUUCGUCUCAUAUAUUUUAAUGAGGGAGGAUUUCUGUGAAUUGUACAUUUAAUUAGAUUUAUUUUGUAAAUGCAACUUAUUUGUGUUCACAACCUGAAUUGUUUUGUUCAUAGCACCACCAUCUAAGCAAGCUAAAUGUUGCAUUUUAUUCCCAGAUUGUAUUAAUGUUAUUUGUGUUUAUUUAUGUUUUAUUUGUAUUGCCUUGCUAACUUUCCUUUAGUUUAAAUCUGUUAGAUCUCAAUGCUAGGUCUUUGUCUCAUACAUCCAUCACAAAACUUAAUAUUUCUGUGCCUCAAAUUAGCGAAGUUACUUAAUUGCACACCACUGAUAAAUAAAUGCCCCUUAAACCUUGUUGAGUUAAUUUGCUUUGCACACAACACAGUUUUGGAUUGUGAAAUGAUUACUCAAUUAUUUUCUUUUGUAGUUUUGCAGUGCACAACUAAUACCUGAGAACAAAAAAGCAUAUUCCAAGAGCAUUUAAAGGCUUUCACAAAAUUUGCAUCUACAAAAGCAACAUACUUUUUUUUGCUGUUAUGCUUUUAUCUAUCUUUAAUUGUUAUCAUUUUAAGACAUUAAACAUUUUUUAAAUCUUUGUGCUGUUUGAAAGUUCUAUAUUGCACUGCCUUGUUUGCUGCAUCAUAGCCUACAGUAUAUGACACGGUUCUUAUUUUCCGUUAUUAUUAUCGUUGCUGUUGUUUUAACUGCACACAAGCUCUUGUUUUCACGGUUUCUCUGGGUGACCUUUAAAUGGGUGUGUACUGUAUGUUCUGUUCUCUUCAGAAACUAGUCAAUGCUCUCAAUGCUGGAAAAACAAUACAUGGUAUACCUUUAAUAAAGACUACUGGAAUCA